GAUAGAAUUACUUGGAGGGCCGGAUCCGGCCCCCCUCGCCUUGACUUUGACACGUAUGAUUUAAGGAAUCAAUGCCUUCAUAUCAUAGCGGUUUUCUCUAUGAUUAAUCACUGCAAACCUCUGUUAUUUUCUUCUAUAUUUAGCAUUACCCAGCACUUAGCUAAAUGUCAAGUGCACUUGGCGGCUCUCUGCUUGUCUCUGUGCUGGUGACCUGCAGCUGAUGUAAAUUAGCCACAUGAGGAGAAACUGAGGCAGAGGAACUGUAUGUCUGUCUGUGAUCGGGAUUUCUUGGCUGUCCUGAUGCUAGCUGCAGCACGUUGCUAUGGAAACCAGCUCAAACUUCAGAGGAUAAGGAGGAUGAAGCUGGUAGACAGUGGUUGGUGAUGAAAUCAGGAGUUUCUGUUGAUCUUAGGAGGAUGUUGAUCUGGCUUUUGAGAAUCUUCUUAGAGAUCUUCCUCAUCGUCAUCCUCCUCCUCCAUACCUUCCUCAUACAUAACACCUCUAAUGAACCCCAAUCUGCUGUUUUGUCCUCUUUUUUUGUUUAUUUGACGGUUUUCUCCUGAAGCCACAGCGGAGGCGGCUCCAGCGUCCAUCAGGGUAAAACGAGCUUUGCGAUAAAGAGCAGAUCGAUGUUCCCAAAGGUUUUGCUGCAGUGGUGCGCAGCCAUCUCGAGCUGUGCUGCUGAAAUAGACAGAAGACGACAGGGGAAAUUUAAGCCUUUCAGGCAGCUGUUUGGGAAGAAGAAGAAAAGAGAGGCGAAGGGGAACUUUGAUGGAGCGCAGCUAAAAGCUAGUUUCUCCUCUGGGGAGGUGUGCAACGGAGUCGUAUCUGAGGAUGAGGAGUCUAAUCAAAAUCUGAGGGACUUCCAUCCGGUUGGGUCUCGCGCACUCUCGCAUGACAGCAUCUUUAUCCCGGAGGAGGCGCUGAGGGAGCUCGCUCUAAACCACAGCAUGUCCCAGGAAAACGUUUCCGACAAAGUGAAGCAUCUGCAGAAGCAGAUAGCACAGGGUAUCAAGUUUGGCCAGCGGCCGCCUUCACUUCGAAGGAGCGAGGGAGAUGAAGGCAGCUCAGAGGAGGAGGAGGUUCCUCGGAGCCCUCUGCAGGUUCUGGCUCAGGUUGAAGCAGAGCCACAAAAAACAGAAACAAAGGUCAGCACCCCACUGAAGUCCCCCAGGUCCAAACAGGUUCUGCCACCAACUGGUACAAUAGAGUCCGUCAACCUUGAUGCUGUCCCCCAGUCGGUUCCUCUUUUGGACAACGCCGCCGCCAAGCAUAAGCUGUCAGUCAAACCGAAAAACCAGAGGAUUUCCCGUAAACACCGACGCUUCACGCAGGAUCUCCAGGAAGUUUCCAUCCCUGGACUAGUGCAGGAAGAGCUGGAGGCAGCCGGCGGCUCCUCGUUCGACCAGCGCAGAGCAUCUGCUGACGACUUCCACUGGGAAAGCUUAAAGAAGCAGAGGCUCUAUGAGGAGGAGAGGCAGGAAGCAAAGAGGAGGAGAGAGCAGGAGGAGCAGAACCUCCGAGAGGAGGCAGAGAAGCUGAGGCUGCAGAAGCUGGAGGAAGAGAGGUUCAGGAAACAACAGGAGGAGGAGGAUAGGAGGGUCAGAGAAGAGGAGGAACAGAAGAGGAGAGAGGAGGCUGAGAUGAGGAGGAAGGAGGAAGAGGACAAGAAGCAAAGGGAGGAGGCUGAGAGAAAAAGGAAAGAGGAGGAAAGGAGGAUCAGAGAGGAGUUAGAAAGACAGAAGCAGGAGGAGGCUGAGAGAAGGAGAAAAGAAGAGGAGAGGCUGAGAAAGGAAGAAGAAAGGAAGAGACAAGAGGAGGAUGAGAGGAGAAAGAAGGAGGAGGAGAUGAGGAUCCAGGAAGAGGAGGAGCGCAUGAGGAAGUUAGAAGAAGAAAAAAGAGAGAGAGAGCGUCAACGGAAAUUGGAAGAAGAGAGGAGACAACUGGAAGAGCAAAGGAGGAAAGAAGAAGAAAUGAAAAAGAAGAAGGAGGAAGAGAGGAGAAAGAGAGAGGAGGAGGAGGCAAGGCUGGAAGCUGAGAAGAAGAGAAAGGAGGAAGAGGAGAAACUGAAGUUACAGGAGAUUUUGGAAAAAGAAAAGAUGAGAAAAGAGGAGGAGCAGAGAAAAAUGUCUUUGGAGGAAGACUGCGGGAGCUUGGACGCCGAAGAGAGGAGGAGGAGGGCCGAGGAGCUGCGCUGGAAGGAGAUGGAGGAGCGACAGAGGCCGUUCUCCUUCAAAGUCUCCUCCGGGGAGAAGCAGAUCCUCUUCCAGAAGGUCAACCUGACUCCCGUUACGCUGGCCUCCAGCCUCCAGACCGCGGCUGUCGCUCCUCAAGGAGAGGGAGCCAGGGCCCCGCCCCCUGAAGGACCCGACCCCCCCAACCUGCCAGCGUCUCCAUAUGUCCCCCAUACCGCCAUCUUGGUGACGGGCGCCCAGCUUUGCGGGACAGCCGUCAAUUUAGACCAGAUCAAAGACACGGCCUGCAAGUCUCUGCUUGGUUUGAGCGAAGACCGGAAAACCCAAGGAACGCCGCCGGCGCCGAGCAAAACCUCUCCAGAGCGCAGGUCCGGGAAAACCAAAUCACUGACCGAGUCCGCGCUCUCCACUGACCAGGCGAGCGCGGCGGUGCUGGCGGAGUGGGCCAGCAUCAGAUCAAAGAUCUUCAAAGGGGUGGAAGAUGGGAAGUACGAUGAGUACCCAGACCCGCAGAACAGGAACCAGACUCCGCCCCCUGGCGAGGAGCAGCCUCCGUUUGCCCACGCGAACCUCAGAAAGACCGUGUCCUCCAGCGCCAAGUUCUCCAUCACGCCUGCAAAGAAAAAGUUUGGAGAUUUAAACAGGAACUCUGAACUGUUUGAGAAGGAUGCAAAAGAGGAACCAUCUAGCCCCCCUGCAUCCUCCCCCCCCUCUACCUCUAAACCCCCCCACAGGACCGCCAAAACGGUCCGUAUCGUGGACAGAGGGUCCGAGGAGUGUAUGUUUGCGAAGGAUCUCCCAUCGUUCCUGGUUCCCAGCCCAGGAGAACGACCGGAGGGGAACGAGCCGAAGAGCGAUCCGGAGAAGUCCGAGGGGGAGGAGCGAGGACGGGACGCCGACGAUAAGCCCUCUCCUUUUGGGAUUAAGCUGAGAAGGACUAACUACUCUCUGCGCUUCCACAGCGAGCAGUCGACAGAGAAGAGGAAGAAGCGCUACAGCGCCGGAGACAGCUUUGACGGCGUCCCCUCUCCUCUGACCCCCAUAGAUCCAGACUCUGACGCGUCCUCGGUCUUCUCCGACAAGUCGAGUUCGCCUCAGAAAGACGGAGCGGCGUGUAAGUUCUUGCACGCCUCCUCCCCCACCUUCCCGAAGGGUAAACCGGCCCGAUCCGCCAGCGCCGCUUCACACAGCGAAGCACUCUCCAAACCCCCUGUCUACAGACGACCACCAACAUCCCCCAAACCGUCCGGUGGAUCCCCAACUCCUCCCCCGUCCCCACUGCCGAAGGCCGGCCACGAGGCGCCCUGCGACGAUGCAGUCCAGAGGGACGCGGGUUCAUCAGGUCUGGAUCAGGACAGCAGGAGCCAGGAACCGUCAACCACAGGCCAACCGUACCGGAGCAGCCAAGGUGAAGACGAGCCGAAGGAAAAGAGAUCCUUCUUCCCCUCCAUCAACAUCCCCUGGAGGGAGAAGGCUGACAGGAAGGCGGAGCUUAUCAAGAAAGCAGAGAAGCCGUCCCUCCAGAGCAGGCACUCUCUGGACAGCCCAAAGGUCCAAGACAAGGAAGCCGGGCCGUUGUGGAUCACUCUGGCCCUGCAGAAGCAGAAAGGCUUCAGGGAGCAGCAGCAGAACCGCGAGGAGCGCCGGAGCCAGAGAGAGACCAGGCUGGCGGAGAAGCAAACUCGAGAAAAAGAGGCCGCUGCACUGAUGAGCCCUACAGACAGUAAAGGAAGUGGGAGCACCAGCCCUUCCUCCAAGCCUCAGACGCCGGAGGAGCUCAAGAGACCCGACAGCCUCCUGGGACGGUUUGAGCGCAGGGAGCAUCUAAAGAAGGCCAACACCUUACCGGGCUCUGUCACAGUUGAGAUUGCAGACUCGACACCGUCGCCACCUGCCGUCAAGGACUUGUCGAAGCGCUUCCCGUCCAGCGACUCUCCGGGCGUGUCCACAGAGCCGGCCUGGCUGGCGCUGGCCAAACGAAAGGCCAAAGCCUGGAGCGACUGUCCCCAGAUCAUCAAAUAACCCCUCCCUCCCUCCAGCUUGUAUGGAUGCAGCAGGAGACUGAGGAGGCACCUGCCCCCUCCCCCAAUAACCCCCGUCGCUGACUGUGAAGCAGGUAAACCCCUCACGACCCACCACGCUGGCUGCUAUUACCGUCCUCUUGAAGUGCGCUUUCCUCCACUAAAACCGCACAGAUAUAAGGAAAGAGUCGCUGCAAGCAUGCAUGUGUUCUACCCAAACAGUGUAUGACCCUGAAGGCAUUGUUCUCAGCAGCCAAUCACCAUCCUGGUUGGCCAAUGCAGUAGCCAAUAACCCUAAACUCUUUUUUUUAACUUUGGAGCCAACUGUGUCAUCAUGAUGUAAAUAAAUCCUUCACUAAUCCCAGUAUAACUUCUCUGUAUUAUAGUGGUGAAGCUCUGAUGAAUGGCAGUAUUUAAUCUAUCAAAGGUGUGCGUCUGAACUGUGUUUCAAGGGCUAAAGGUGAGAAUAAUAACUGAAGUCUAACAGGCAUCUUCUCUUCUGCCCUCCUUGGUUUUGUUCAUGUGAAGCAGCAGAUCGAUCUGCUCUCAAGCUCUUCUGUAACUUUUCUCUAAACUUUGUCGUGUAAAAAAUGCACCUUUUUUAAA